GGAAAGGUGUCAGAUAAAGGAGGGUUCUCCUCCGGUUUGGAGGCAUCAUGGCCGCUAAGUCAGACGGGAGGCUGAAAAUGAAGAAGAGCAGCGACGUGGCGUUCACCCCGCUGCAGAACUCGGACCACUCGGGUUCGGUGCAGGGAUUGGCUCCGGGCUUGCCGUCGGGGUCGGGAGCCGAGGACGAGGAGGCGGCUGGGGGCGGCUGCUGCCCGGACGGCGGCGGCUGUUCGCACUGCUGCUGCUGUUGCUCGGGCAGCGGUGGCUCGGGCGGCGGCUCCGGGGGCUCCGGCGGCCCGGGCGGCAGCGUUGGUGGCCCCGGCGGCGGGGCAAGCUCGGCGGCGCUGUGCCUGCGCCUGGGCGGGGAGCAACGGCGCUACUCGCUGUGGGACUGCCUCUGGAUCCUGGCCGCCGUGGCCGUGUACUUUGCGGACGUGGGCACGGACAUCUGGCUUGCCGUGGACUACUACUUGCGCGGCCAGCGCUGGUGGUUCGGACUCACGCUCUUCUUCGUGGUGCUUGGCUCGCUCUCAGUGCAAGUGUUCAGCUUCCGCUGGUUUGUGCACGAUUUCAGCACCGAGGACAGCGCCGCCGCUGCCGCCUCCAGCUGCUCGCAGCCAGGAGCCGAUUGCAAGACGCUGGUUAGAAGUGGAUCUGCAGCCGCGGAAGGAGAGGUUCGUCCUUCCACGCCUCAAAGGCAAGCAUCCAACGCCAGCAAGAGCAACAUCGCCGCUCCCAACACUGGCAGCAACAGCAGCGGGGCCAGCGGCAAACACAGGUCUGCCUCCUGCUCCUUCUGCAUCUGGCUCCUGCAGUCACUCAUCCACAUCUUGCAGCUCGGGCAAAUCUGGAGAUAUUUCCACACAAUAUACUUAGGUAUUCGAAGCCGACAGAGUGGGGAGAAUGACAGAUGGAGGUUUUACUGGAAAAUGGUGUAUGAGUAUGCAGAUGUGAGUAUGCUGCAUUUGCUAGCCACCUUUCUGGAAAGUGCUCCACAGCUGGUCCUGCAGCUCUGCAUUAUCGUACAGACUCAUAGCUUACAGGCCCUCCAAGGUUUCACAGCGGCAGCCUCCCUGGUAUCUCUGGCUUGGGCCUUGGCCUCAUACCAGAAGGCCCUCCGGGACUCCCGAGAUGACAAGAAGCCCAUCAGCUACAUGGCUGUUGUCAUCCAGUUCUGCUGGCACUUCUUCACCAUCGCUGCCAGGGUCAUCACCUUUGCCCUCUUUGCCUCGGUUUUCCAGCUGUACUUUGGGAUCUUCAUCGUCCUUCACUGGUGCAUCAUGACCUUCUGGAUCGUCCACUGUGAGACAGAAUUCUGUAUCACCAAAUGGGAAGAGAUCGUGUUCGACAUGGUGGUGGGGAUCAUCUACAUCUUCAGCUGGUUCAACGUCAAGGAAGGCAGGACACGCUGCAGGCUCUUCAUUUACUAUUUUGUGAUCCUUUUGGAAAAUACAGCCUUGAGUGCCCUCUGGUACCUCUACAAGGCUCCCCAGAUUGCAGAUGCAUUUGCCAUCCCGGCGCUGUGUGUGGUGUUCAGCAGCUUUUUAACGGGCGUGGUUUUUAUGCUGAUGUAUUAUGCCUUCUUUCACCCCAAUGGACCCAGAUUCGGGCAGUCACCAAGUUGUGCUUGUGAGGACCCCGUCGCUGCCUUCACCCUGCCUCCAGAAGUGGCCACGAGCACGCUGCGGUCCAUCUCCAACAACCGCAGUGUUGUCAGUGACCGCGACCAGAAAUUUGCAGAGCGGGAUGGGUGUGUACCUGUCUUUCAGGUGAGACCCACAGCCCCAUCCACCCCAUCAUCGCGCCCACCACGGAUUGAAGAGUCUGUCAUUAAAAUUGACCUGUUCAGGAAUAGGUACCCAGCGUGGGAGAGACACGUUUUGGACCGAAGCCUCCGAAAGGCCAUUUUAGCCUUUGAGUGUUCACCGUCUCCUCCAAGGCUGCAGUACAAAGACGAUGCCCUUAUUCAGGAGCGGUUGGAGUAUGAAACCACUUUAUAAAAACAAAAAGACCGGGAGGAGCCACAGCUGCCAGGGAAAGGGUGGUGGCAGGCCUGUGGCAAUAAUGAAACUCCAUCCUAGAGUAGGGAAAUGAGCUGUCAUGCUUGUAGUCUGACCGUCGUCAUGGUUACUGUCUGACCCUCCAUCAGCUGACUGCCUGCUGCUGGUCGCCUUUCAAACAGCAGCCCCGACAGUCUCCUGCCACUGGGAGGACUCCUGGUUGCUACCAACUUGUCCUACACUGUCUUUCAGCGCAUCCACCCGAGGGUCCUAUGAAUAUGGAAAAUGUUGCCUCUGAUCCCUAGGGUGUUUUGAUGACAUGAACUGAUCUCUGCAUAAAAAUAUAGUGUCAUAACACACAUACGUGCACACACAUACACUAACACACACACAACACCAGUCCUCUGUCAAAAUAGCUUAGGUGAUUUUUCUUGAUGAAAAGCUCUGAUUCUCACAGGAAUAUUAAAACCGGGAGAGAAUAUAUCCCUCAAGACUCCAGAAAAAAAAGUAGUACUGCUUAGAAAAGAAUUCAUAAACCAUGCUCAUUUGGAAACCAAUACAUACCAUGUGUGAAAAGCCUGUCCAGUGGACAGCAAACUCAAGUGUGUUUACACGUGUAUUAGAAGUGAAGGAAUGGUUCGUUUUCAACACAUUUCAGGAUUGGUUUUUUAAUCUUAAGUUUCCAGUUGAGAAUAUCUUUAAUGACAGAAAUCCUAUGCAGCACAUGUAUGGCGUUUGGUAAGACCAAGGAGCUCGCUAACUUAGUGACAUAAAGUAAAUGGUAAUCGUGAUUCAGUAUUCAAUUGCAAAAAUUUAAUAAAUACCAGAAGAGAAAGUGGGAAAAAAGGCAAAAUGAGCGUCUGAUUUCCUGGCCUGUGCAGCGCACAUUGGAACGUAAGAGCAGAUUGGCAAGAGAGGACCGGGUUGGAACUGGAUGUGUCAGAUCUCAGAAGGCGUGGCUCUGCCUGAGCUCAGGUAGGCAUGAUUCCAGAACACGCCCCAUCUUUCUAGUGCCAAACACCGUCCAAUCCCAGGAUUCACCUGGAAGCCCUGGAUAACUGAGAUGGAGCGGCAUGAGCCCCACAGAAGCGGAAACUAGAAUGAACAUUCAAGUUCUCCACUGUGUACAGACUCCCCCACCACCACCACCAAUUCAAGGUCAAAGUGAUGUGUCUUUUAGAGGCCUUGGGACACUUUUUAAACCGUCUGGGAACUUGUCAAGCUUUACUGAAGGUGAUUUGCAUUCGUUCAUUCAACAGACCCUUGAAUCUUGCAAAUUCUUGACUUGUAAUAUGGUAGCCAAGCCACUGCAAGGGAAAAUUAAUCAGUUAGUGGGAAGGGGCCCUGCGCUCUGUGCUGUGUGGUGAUGUGCCCGGCCGGCCAAAGAGAAAGACCCCGGUGAAGUAGAGCACUUGGGAAUUCCUGCUCCUGCUUCCUCAUCAUCCAUGCUAUGAAUAUUCACCCACUUCAUUUGCUUUUGCCAGUAAGCACUGCUUUGAAAAAAAAAGAAAAAGGAAAAAGGAUUCAAUGGAUUCCUGGGGCCUUGCAUCACUCAGAAAAUUGGUACUGGGUCAUAGGGACUCACUUUCAAUGAAUACAAAUCUACUUGUGUUUGAAAAUGGAAAAAAAAAAUGAUAUUGUCACCUGUUUCAUGAUUGAUCUGUCUGGGUAUAGCUGCUGCCCUUACUUCAUUUCUUGGAAGUGCCGUUGUCAGCAUUGUAAUAACAAAUUUAUACAAAUCAAAUUUAUAAUUCAAUUUCAGAGGUAAAAUCUGCAUGGCUGUAGCUAUUGAAUAAUUUGAUUCCUGCCUUGCUAGGUGGUGACACUGCCAGUUUCAAACGGAGAUGCAUUUGUAUGUGGAACUGGCUCUCCUGUUGCUUAGACCCUGGCAAAACCUUGGUUGUGACUCUAAAAUCCCCAAUCUCACAUUCUCAGUUCCCGUAUACGUAAACAGAUCGUCUCCUAAUUUAAAACCGUGCUUCUUUGCCACUUGCUUCUCUGUUUUUAAAGAAUGCUUUGAGCUGCAGGGUAAGAAUGAAUCCAGUUCACGUUAUAGUUUCAGAGUUUGCAACCAAGUCAGGCAUCUUUACAGUGUUAUGUUUUCUGUCUAGACGCCUUCAUAUAAGAAUUUUAGAAGUUAACCAUAAAUGAAUGAGUAAAAGUCAUCCGAUUUAUCCACCAAGCAAUCUAAAUGGAAAAAAAAAUUAGAAAAAGAAGCAGGGGUCAUUUUCCUUGUGUUUCAAAGAUGUUUCUCCUGAGCCAUAGUCCCCGUUUUAGGCGCCAGUGUCAUGCUGCGUCCCCUCCCCUGGCAAGUCAUUUUCAGAAGUGAAAUUUAAUGGUAAUAAAAGUGGCCUGCCACCAUGUGACUCAUUUGCAGUGUCAAGGCAAUGGAAACCAACACAUGGAAGAAAAUGUUCAUUUCCUGAACUCCAAAGCCAAAAUAGGCACAAAAGGUACUCUAAUCUACCAUGAGUUGGUUGACUGUGAAGACACAGGAGCAAUAAACCAUCCUCUUCCAUAAGGCUUAUGAGUAAGCGUGCCUCUGAGUAGUGUUAGGACAGAAGGUUUCUAUUCAUGUAGAGGUCGGGGUGUGGAGAUUGAGGAGGAAACCCGUCAGUGGGUCGUCAGGAAUCCUUGCCUUCUUCUAGAGCAGAGGUUCAAGGUGGCACUGCCACUUAAUAACCAUGACAACAGAUGUGUCUGUUUAUGAAAGGCCAAAGCAUGAGUGCAGUGGGGAGAGAGAGGAGAUGCCAUGGUUUCCUGUCUGAGCCUAACUCUGUCCUUAAGGAAACUGUCCCCCAGGACAAUUCUCCUUGGACACUGCAGCUGCCAACAGCUUCUGGUGGGUUAUAAGAUGCGAUAGGUUAAGGUCUUGUAAGUACUUUUGCUUGCAGGACAUGAUCCAUCGAAUUAUCCCUCAUUUUAAUCACCGUGAGAUUCAGGGUCACCAUGGAUGGCCUUGCUCAUUAUCCCAUUGUCAAUAGUUCAUGACAUCACACGGACCUCUGUGUUCACAUUCACUAAACUGGCUUGCACAUAUUAACUGACUCGUUUAAACGUAUUUUGGGUCUUGAUUCUGCCAUCCGCUAGUCUGUGCAUCGGUCCCCACGUUGGAAAAAUAAUUCUUGUGAGAAUGAUUUUUAGAAUAAUGGAAGGGGGGAAAAAAACAAUUUUUCAAUGUAGACAAAAUUACUAAACCGUUGAUAGCCCUAAAGCUCUGAUUGUUCCUCACGAUUAAGUUUCUUGUCAUUGGGGGCUUUUAACAUCAGAAUUUUCCAGGUGGUUGCUAAGCCAUCUUCACUAAACUGAAGUGGACACUACGGUGUUAUUAAAAAACAAAGACUGUCCCCAUGAAUGCACAUCUCCCCAUGGAAGUGAAGCAUUAGGUCACUCAAGGAGUAAAUUUGGUCUUUGUGAUGUCAAACAUCUGGAUAUUUGGGAACAUCUAGGUGUUUGAAUCACAGUUUUUCCUCUGGUUGUCAGGUGUUGCCUAGAGAGACAGAAAAUGCUCAGGUGUUGUAGGCAAUGGAGUUUAACUUCCUUGUGCAGUAACCUGCUGCUGGUGAUACUCUGCUGCUAAAUAAAAGCUCUUUGUUCUGCAAAGAGAAGUAAAUAAUGCAGAGAAAUGCCAUUUGAUGUUUAUUUACUUUCAACAAACACACGAAUGAAAGAGGUUUGAGAGGCUGUAUUCACUCGUGAUUGCACCACAGGGCUGCUUCCGACACUCAGCCCUUCCUGGCUAGGAGCCUUUUCCUUCAGCCCUUUUCCAUCUUUCAUUAUUUUAUAGUUACCCCUCUGCUCUUCACAUAAGGUUAGUCAUUCACAAUGUUUGACAGAAUUGUUCAAGGGAAAUACAAAUUUGUUAACUUUUUAUUCUUCAAAUGGGAGUUUUAAUUUUAAGAAUUUCUUAUAUCUUUGGGCAUAGAAUUGUUUAAACUGCUUGAUGCAGUUACUUCAUGGUGAAUUUUAUAGUAUCGAUAGAAGUAAAAUCUUUUUUUCCCCAAAUUUAAAAAAAUUACUUUUUUUUCUUGUGGCUUGAUUGGUCGAUCUCAUUCUGAUUGCCAAAGACCAACUGGUUAUUGCAUAUUAAAAUAUUGGUGUUUUCUUUACAGUCACCAUUAAAAGAAAAAAAAUGAUAUCAAAGAGAAAUUGAUUUUCCAGAAAGGAUGCUUGAGCUAUUCAUACAACUCUUAUAUUUAUGAUUCUUUGUGAACAUUUCUUCCUUGUUUCCUCAGAUUUGGCUCUGGAUUGAUGAGCAUGUGUAUUUCCUCAACUUGUGUGCUUACCUUACUUACUGUUCUGAAGCUGGGCAGAGAAACAGGCAAGCAAUUCAGCCCAAUUUUCUUUGAAGUGUGCUUAUGUUGUAAAACUUUCCCCAAGGCAUUGACAACAAGCAGGCACACAGACCACUGGGAGGGACUCGGUUAUGCAAAGAUCAUGAGGGGAUUGCCAGAGAAUAUCAAAAUGUUUGUAGGUUCUUAGAAAGUGUUUUGGUUGUGUCAAAUCCUACAUUUAGUGCCAACUUAGAAAGACUUCAUGGGGUAGGCAGUUCCCUUCCUCACUGAGUCCCUCCUGCCAUCAGAUGCAAAAGUUUCCCGAAAAUCAAAUGGCCACUCCACUUUGUGUACCAAAGGGCUCCAGCUACUGGUGUCAUGGCUCUGUGCGAAUUGUGUUUUGUAAAUUCUCUUUUGGAGGCAGAUCUGUUUGCUAGUCACACACCCUUCAAAGCCUCCAGGAUGACAAAGCUGCUACCCAACUUAGCUUUGCUUUGCUUUUUCCUUGCGAUUUUUACUUCACUGCAUCCUUUUCCAAAUCAUUUAUGCCUUUGUGUUAUUGAAAGGAUGUUUAGUUCAAUGUUUAGGUGAAUUGGCAACAGAGAGACGAUUAGUUGGCAACUACAAAAACCUGAGACAUUUUUUUCCAGUUAUCUCUUAUGUGAUAAUUGAAUGGAAUUUAUGGUUUAAUAGAAAACUGAAAGUCCCUGUGUUGAAUAUAAUUACUGUUUUAUUUUACUUUUUUUUAUUUGAAAGAGAGAGGAAGGGAGAGAGAGAGAGGAAAAAAAAACACAUCAAUGUGAAAGUGAAACAUCCAUCAGUUGCCUCCCUCACGCACCCAGACUGGAGAUUGAACCUGCAACCUGGGGAUGUGCUCUGACCGGGAAUCGAACCCACAACCCUCCAGUGAAGGGAACAACACUCCAACCAACUGAGCCACACCAGCCAGGGCAUGUACUGGCUGUUUUAAAUAUGCUUAAAUAUAUUCUAUGACAUGGUAUCCUUUUACACUCUGGAAUAGGUUCCUUUCUGGAGGGCAGGGCAUGGAGGGGCUUGGUCUGGUGAUGGAAGCACAGGGUCUGGGGGUCUGAGCACUCGUGUCCUCAUCCUUGGUUGGUCAUUUUAGCCUCAGAAACUCACAUCCCACCUCAUUUUUCCAUUUUUUCAUGCGUAAAAAGAGAGAAUAUUUAUCUACCUACCUCAUAAGGGUGUUGUGAAGAAUACUUAGAGUUCUCAAAGUGCUUUGACCCUUGAUAACUAGUAUUCGCACAAAGGAGAACUGAGCACGCCCGGGGACAGGCUAUGGUGGAGGAGGUGCAGGCAGUUUGGAGCACAACAGCAAUAACUCACCAAGCAAAGAAUACCAUCAUUCUUCAUCACUUAGUGAACGCGGGAAUUUUUCCUUCCAAGGUCUAUGUACAAGUCUUUUCAAUUAUCAGCUUUUUAACGAGAAAAUUAACUCCUUUCAUACAGAGAAGCUUCACAGAGAAUGACAAUCUUCCUCUGAGCCAAACUGAAUUUUACAAAACAUUUCAUUAAAUGUGUCCAGAACACUGGGCUCCUUCUGGGGCCUACGGAGUCUGCGUGCCUGAUCCCACGCUACAGUUUUCAGGAUGCGUGUGUGAUACUCUGGUUCAAUACCAAUGAUUGCCCGUGGUGGUAUGGAACCCGCUGUCAGGAGGGGAAAAUUUUAAUAGUUAUUAUUCGAAUUAGAUUUGUGCGUUGUUUACAGUGAGAUUCUCUUUCAUCCCUAAGGUGACACGUCUCUCCCUUUACAGCCCUUUAAGAGUGUAAAGCCUUGUUUCUGCCUGGAACUCCUGAGUUGAUGCAUUUUCCAUAGUAUAAAUAUUUUAAAUAUUUCAGAGAAGUGUUUACACAGGGCUUCAGCUACACAUUGAUACACACAUGUACUCGCACGGACGUACAUGGGAAUAACAUUAAAGGACAAAGGGUGGGGAAAACCAUCACAGACACAUUCCUAGACAACCUCCUCCCAAAGUCCCAUGUUUUCUUUUUACCUAAGUGUGUGCUAAAUAACAUGAUUUGUCCCUAUUGAGUCACGGAGGCGAUAUGCCAAAGUAAAACACACCCGGGGACUAUACUAACAACACAGAUAAUGUUUUAAUGCUGUGACUUCGUGGAGCAAAG